GGCGAAAGGAGCGCGGGAGCCAGAGAGAAAUGCCGCCUUGCGAAACGUCAGUUCGCGCUGGUUCUCACUCAAUACGAAUGUGCAUUGUACACAUACAUUGUAAGUACGCGUCUUGGAUCUCGAUCUAACUCGUGACUCCUAAAAUGUGAGUCUCCCGUUUUCGAUCUUUCUGUCGUCGUCCUGUUCGUUUCUAUCGAUGUAGAUCAAUUGUAUAAAUCUCUUUACUUUCCUCGAACAUUCUUAGAACAGGAAGAAGGUAAAGGACAAAUUAAAGAGACUAAAACUAAUUUGCAUUAGAAUGAAAUCAAUGAUCAGAGAACGAGCGAAAUGAGGAUGUUACUCGAGCAUUAUUUUCUCGUCGCGAUUGCUGUCGUUUCGCGCUGCGACAGUUGCGCCUGCGCAAACCGCCGCCAUAUUGCUACGUCAUGCGCGUCACUUCGUGCCUACUACGCGCCGGGACGCGGCGAACCCGCGUUUGUCCGCAACUUUCGUACAAUUUUCUCGCUGAAAAGCGAGUGCCGCGCAUAGAUUCGUAUCGGAAGUGUCGAAUGAAUGUCGGGCAAUCGUCGUGUCGUAUAAUCGCCCUCGCUUUUUGUGAUCGAGCUCGACGAAUCUUUCGAGCGACGAGAGCGGACCGGAUCGGCCGGGACUUGGCGCCAAGAACUUUCUGGGCUCCGAAUCAACAGGAAAGGAAAUACAGCAGUAGCAGCAGCAAUAAGUGUGUGAGUAAAUUAAUUGAGUAAUUUGUUUAAAUACAGCAGUUCACUAUUAUUCUUCGAUUAUCCUUCUGUUCGAAAAUAAAUUUGGUUACUGCCAGUUUAAGUAAUGCAAUAAUAUUAAUUAUUAAAAUAACAUUUGUUAUAAAAAGUGAAAGCUCGAAUCAUAACUUGUAACCCAGCACUAAAAGAUUGAAGAAAUAUUGCAUAAAUCUUAUAUUAAAACAUUGUAAUGUUUUACGGAAGUUACAAAAGAUUUCUGCAAUGUUACUACAAGCUUGCGAUAACGUUAAAAUGUCCGCAAUUUUUAAUCUAAAAAUAUUUAUAACGUUUCGGACUAUUUGGGAUCAUCUAUUGAUUUUACUGAUGGAAGAAACGAAACGCAACGCCAGUAAUUUUUAUUUCUACCAACUGCAUUAUUUUUACUAGUA